UAAUAUGCAGAAAGAGGAGCAUGUUUCCGGUCUAAAAGCUGGUUUGUCCAAAUCUUGCGGGACAUUUUGUGUUCUUGUUGGCGUGACGGGAAGCGUUGCAGCUUUGAAGCUGCCGCUUUUAGUAUCCCAGCUUCUUCAGCUCCCUGGGGUGGAUAUAAGAGUCGUCACCACGGAGCAUGCCAAGCACUUCUACAAUUCUGCAGAGGUUUCGGCACAACUCUACAGUGACAUGGAUGAGUGGGAGCUGUGGACCCAGAGAUCUGAUCCUGUGUUGCACAUUGAGCUACGACGCUGGGCAGACCUACUUGUCAUUGCUCCUCUUGAUGCGAACACUCUUGGAAAGAUUGCAAAUGGAAUUUGUGACAAUCUCUUGACCUGUGUGGUUAGAGCCUGGGACACCAGCCGCCCUCUCCUCUUCUGCCCUGCAAUGAAUACAGCUAUGUGGAAGCAUCCCAUUACAGCCCAGCAGGUAUCCAGGCUCACAGAGUUUGGAUAUGUGGAAAUCCCUUGCAUUUCUAAAAAGCUAGUAUGUGGCGAUGAAGGAAAAGGGGCCAUGGCAGAGGUAUCGACUAUUGUCGGUGUUGUCAAUCAGUAUCUUCAGAAACCAGAUGAGACAUCUCAGAAAACAUGCACAUGACAUUGUAUUCUUCAGUCAGCUGGCACCAAGACAGAUAUAAAAUAAGCAUGAUGACUUGCCAACAAAAUGAGUUUGUGUCCAAAGCCUCAGGGCCCGACACACCCAGGGCAAAGUGGUUUUCAUCCAGUUUUCCUUCUAUUGUUUGGAUUGGGUGUAUCCUCAUCGACUGCCAUCUUCCUGACUCUUUUUCAUGGUGAUUACUACACUGACACACUUUUGUGUAUUUGUGUCAUAUACAACAGAACAUAAUUGGCAAAAUGCUGUAAGUGUCACAUUGUAAAUACAUUUAGAUGUAAAACACUAUUUGCAAAUAGAUUCCAACCAUGUUUUUAAAUGUUUUAUUUUCUAGUUCAUUUUCCCUUUCAAGGCUAACAUUGAAUCCCAUUCCCAUGUUUUUUUAUUUAAGUGACAAAGUAGAAAUAAAAGUAGAAAUGUGGCCAGUAUUGGUCCAGUGUGACCACUGACUGGCGUAUGUUGUUCUGAUAAGUGUCAAAACAACAUGAGGCAAAAUGAGCCGACAGGGAAAUAACAUGUUUUUCUUUCCCCUUUGCUUGAUCUGGCCUGUUUGUUAUUGUGUCCAAGGAGAGGUCUCGUUGUAAAAUCUAAAUAUUGAGCAGCAACAGGUUCCAUCUUUGCAGCCUUUAUCCUCUGUGGACCUGAUAAAGCCACAGCAGCUACAUGACCACCAGCAAUCUCCAGAGCUUCACUGCCUUGAAGCAGCUGGGUCAGCAUCCUCUUCCUGUUGGCCCUCUUUCUCUCUCCUCACCUGCUCUUUAGCCACAUGCAUAGGCUCACAUCAAUACAGGCGGCCUUCGAAUUCAAAGACCUCAUGCCCCAUUGUUGAAAUCAUCAAAAUAUUUAAACCAUGACAUCAUACAUCUUUAAAAUAAAAUUGACUAUGAUCUUUGAACAGAAACUGCAUGUGGCAAAAUUUUGCCUCUCUGCCAGGAAUCUCCAAUGGUCCAGGCAACAGGAUCCUGAGUACAUUCAGGAAAAGAUCUUACUUUGGGUCGAAGGGGUAAAAAUCCCUGAAAUCAAACUUCUCCAGUGUGUCACCCGGGUGUGCGAGAUUAACUUUUUAAAAUGAUCUGGUGAUUUUCACUUGCGAGAGUCAGGAGCCUUUUGGGAACCGUGUGAUGAACCACGAAAUAAACAUUUUGGUCGUUUAGCC